CUCACUUUCACACGCUCACACUCCGGAGCGCCGGCUCGGCUCUGCUUCUCCUCCUCCUGCAGUCUGAUCACGACUCCCUCAGAGGACUACAGACACGCACCGAGCAUCAGAGGAGCCUCAGAGAAGACGGGUCAGGAUGAGUGAGCAGUUCAACUGUGAGAACUGUAAGGAGUCUCUGUACGGAAGGAAGUACAUCCAGGUGGAUGACGUGCCUCACUGCGUCCCCUGCUAUGAUCGCCUCUAUGCCAGCAUCUGCCAGGGCUGCAAGGAGCUCAUCGGACACAACUCACGGGAGCUGUACUAUGAUGACAGGCACUACCAUGAGGAAUGUUUCCGCUGUUCUCGCUGUGAGCGCUCGCUCGCUGACGAGCCGUUUGUCUGCCAGAAUGAGGCAUUGCUGUGUAACGACUGCUACUGCAGCGAGUUUUCCUCCAAAUGUGUGGCCUGCAACAAGACCGUCAUGCCAGGAUCGAGGAAGUUGGAGUAUAGUGGUUGUACGUGGCAUGAGGAGUGCUUUGUGUGUCGUGUUUGUAAACAGUCUUUGGGCUCUCAGGCAUUCAUCCCUGAUAAAGAUGAUUAUUACUGCGUGUCCUGCUAUGAGGGACGCUUCGCUCCGCGCUGCACGCACUGCAAACAGGUCCUGGUGCAGGGUGGUGUGACAUACCGUGACGAGCCGUGGCACAGAGAGUGUUUCUUGUGCACUGGCUGUAAGGCUCCGCUGGCUGGUCAGCCCUUCACCUCUCAGGGAGAGAACCCGUACUGCGUCAAGUGCUUCAGCAGCCUGUACGCUCAGAAAUGCUCCGCCUGCAACAAGGCCAUCACAGGCUUUGGUGAUGGAAAGUACGUCUCCUUUGAGGACCGUCAGUGGCACCAGUCGUGCUUUAAGUGCUCCGGAUGCUCCAUCUCUCUGGUUGGAGCUGGCUUUUUCCCUAACGGUGCGAACAUCCUCUGCAAAGACUGCAACGACAACUAAAACACAGCUUUACAAGCAUCAAAACUGACCGACCUUCGCUUCACUCUGCAGUCGGAGUCAUGCCCAUAUCAGGAACACUGGUUUAAAGCUGCUUUUCUCUAUAAGAAAAACGAUGCUGUUGCCACUGCCGAGUCUUGUGGUGAACUAAAAUGCUUCAGCCCCCAUGUUUUUGUCCCAGUUGUAGCUGGAUUGUCUCUGGAUCCUUGAAUUACAAGGUACUUUAGCAGCCAAAGUAUGAAAAAUGCUAUAUGCGUGCUGCAAACAAGCUAAUGCUUCUGCACACUGAAAUGAUCUUGUAUGAAAAUAAGUUUCUUCAUAAAUUUCAACAUUGUUAUAUAAUAUCAGCUAAGACUGUAGUCUGAAUCUGCCAAAGCAAGUUAGUUACCGUGUUCAGUGUUCAAAGCUUGUCGGUUUGUUUGGGGUAUUUUGGUCAGAUGGUGUCCGUCUUUUGAUGUCAGUCCGGUGUGCCGCAGUGUUAGCUGGCUGGGAACAAUAUUGAUAUUUCUGCCUCUUAAUUACUUCAUAACUCAGAUGAUCUGUUAAUGCUUGGAGGCAAAUCCGUACUGUGAAACUUAUCGGCCUUGCAGCACUUUUGUCUACCACAGGGGGCGACAGCAGCACUUUCAUUUGUUGAUUUUUCUCAUAGAGAAAACCAGCUUAGACUUCGACUUCCUUACAUGGGCGUAAUGCCCAAUACACAAUAAUGAAAACGUCAGAGGUCUGUAGCCUUUAUGUCAGCGUGGAUGUGGUAGGACAGAUAGGAGAGAGUUGAUUUGAUUCUAUAUUUUUGGGUUUUUUAGUUUUUUUCACUUUAUUUAAUCAGCUUUACUAUUUGAAAUGCACAUUUAUAUUUGUAAGUCCCCUGUACGGACGUCUUUGGCCAUCUGAGAAAAUAGAAAAGCUCUUUAUCUGGGCGGUACGUUUAUUUGUUUAAAAAAUUGACCUUAAAUCAAUAAUAAAUAAAUAAAUAAAUAAAUAUGCAGGUCAAUAAAUAUGAUUUGGUAUGUGUGAGUUAGUUUACCCGUUCCCAAAGCUCUUCUCCAGGACGUCCCGUAUCUCAGUCAGGUGCUACUGAUGAAAUUACCAAACCGAUGAGAUGGCUGGAGUGCAGCGAGAAGUCAGAAACCAAACCUAUGUUCUUCUAACUUUCUAAUAACUUUACUGUAUUUACGCUUAUUUAUAUUUAUUCAAAUGCUACACAGUGUUUGUACGGGCAAAAACCCACUUACGGCCCAGAUAAAGAGUUUUAAACCCCUCUAAGACUUUUGCACAGUGCUGUGUGUUUAUUAUAAAGAUAGUCUGUCCAGUUUUAUCUGUACAGUGCUGUGAGCAACUCAAAAAUAUAUAAUACACUAAUACGCCGUUUGGUCGGUUUCACAUCCCAGAUCAAACUGUGUCGGCUCAGAACGUGGACCUAUGGGCCAAAGUAGACAAAAAACACCAUUGUCACUCGUUUCAUGCAGCCCAUUUUGAGCUCUGGGAGUUUGAAUGAACACAUUCCAGCAGGAAAUUUACAUUUCAACAAUGCAUGAGUUGCCCUAGAAAGUUGUGUGAGAUUAGAUCAUGCGUUAUUAUUGCCACACAUAGUUACUCAGCCUUUGAGCUGGAAGUAUUUCAGCCUGUACGGUCACCUAUCAAAGUCCCUCAGUAUUGUUAAUGUGCCGCUGAGGGACUCUGUUUGCAACAUUUGAGUGCAUAUACAUCAUAAUCAUCUACCUAUUUGUGAAGCUUUAAAGGGGAAUUUUGAGGGGACUUUUAAAAAGUUCUGUAUAAGUAAAUGGUAGAGAUGUACAACAGCCAUUAAGAGUGGUGUCUAUGCUACAUUCUAGAGAAACUGACUAAGUCAGACCCGUUCACAGUUGUGGUGAUAGGAACCAGACGUCUGAAGAGUUUAAUGCCUCUAAAAGCUACAUCACAGAAACUUCCAAUGUUUUACAUCGUUUUAUGAUAGAGGAUUUGGGCCUAAAAUAUAUUAGAUACGUGUUGUUUGUAGGUUCACUGGUGGUUUUGGACAGUAAAUAAAAUGGCUGUAGACAUUGUGACGUCUGGUUCCUAUCAGCACCACUGUAAAGAAACCUGAGUCAGUAUGUUUUUUUUCUAUAAUGGACCAUUUCACAUCAAACCACUCUGAAUGAGUUUGUUUACAUCUAAACUCCUGAAUUAUGCAGAAAUCUUGCAGAACAGUUGUUGGAAUUCCCCUUUAAAAUUGUACCGCAACAGUUAAUAUUGACAUCAUGCUACAUACAUAAUGUAUAUUAACACAUACAUGAUAAUAUUAACAUGGCAUAUUAUCACUGUCGACAGUUAUUUUGUCUGUUUUGUUUAGGCUUAUAUAAUCAGCCAUGCUUUACAUUUAUUCCAAUAAUGUUGCACUUGCCAUUAAUUAUUUUGUCUUUAUUACUGUUAUUGCACUGUGUAACAUUUUUCUGUGCCUAUCGUAAAAAUGCUGCGAUUUCUUAAAUCUUAAAGCCAAACGCUGUUGUUUUGAUUAAGAUAAUGUAGCCUACAGGCUGCCCUAUACACUUUUUCUAUGUGGAAAAACAAAACAUGACACAUUUUAACUCCUAAAUGAUAAAACUCUUCAUCAAAAUGUC